GCGCAUGUGCAGUACCAAAGUUCCCGGAUAUUGGUUACCGUUUUCGAAUGUUGGCGACCCCGGAACUGCUGAUUGUCUCGAGAAGCCAUUUAAAUUUUCGAUCGUUCCUGCCUUGUUCCGGGCUUCUCUCCUGCAAAAAUGGCGGGCAGGGAAUAUUCCACGUCGUUCAGCGAGUUCGACACGGAAGAUCUCAGCCUGGAGACGACCGUACCGACGGAUUUUUCGGACGAAGCGGAGGGAGACCGCAGCAGAGGUGGGAGGGCCCGAAAGGAGAAAGUUACCAAACAGCUGAUAGAACGUAAACAACUGGCACACGACUUGCAGCUCGUCAGAAUAGAGCUGAGUCAGAAGAACCUCAUCAUCGAAAACCUGAAGGCAGAACAUGUUACCAAAGUGGAGGAGCUGGAAGAGAAACUUAGCGACGCAUUGCACCAGAGGCACAUUCUGCAGGCCAAGCUGGAGUCGCAACUCAAGAUGCACCAGGAGGAGUCUCGGCGGAGACAGGAGCAGACACGUGCCGAGAUCGAGCGCAUCAUGCAGCGACAGCAGCAGCUGGAGACAGCUAAUGCCAGGCUACAGGCGCACGCAGGUGACAUCAGGAGGAGUCUUCGUGACUUGAACCUGGCAGAGGGACAGUACUUUGAGCUGAAGGGGAUGGGCAGAGGAGUACUAAAUAUUUCAAGAUACAUGAUUUUAGUACAUCUGCUAGUAAUAAUACUGACUGCAGUAACAAUGAUAUUACCCCUCCCCCAGUCAUACAUUUAUGUGAACAUCAUUGAUUUUGAAGGAAAUGUCUACUUGAGUACAGUACAUUUUUCUUGUAUGCAGAAUUUGAAGGUGGAGAAACAGGGAAGGUCAGAUGCGGAGGUCAAGUGUCAAAGGUUAACCCUGGAGCUGGCAGAUACCAAGUCUCAGAUCCAGCAGGGGGACUACAAGAGGGAGAACUAUGACAGGGUCAAAAGUGAGAGAGACGACCUUGAACAUGAAGUUUUAGACAGUAAGAAGAAGUACACCUACCUGGACGCUGCACACCGGACAGUCUCAAAGGAAAGAGAUGACACACAGAAAGAGUUGUCAGCUGCCAAACAGGCCCUGGCCUUACUGAGACAGGACAAAGACUACCUCACCAAGCACACCAACGACCUUGGCUCCAAGAUGACCUUCAAUGAGGAGCGACUGCAGCAGCUGACUGUUCAGCUGGACGACGCCAAACGGGCGCGGGAAGAGAUGUACGAGAAAUACGUGGCCUCAAGGGAUCACUACAAGGCUGAGUAUGAGCGGAGACUGGCCGAGGAGCUGGACCAGAUCAGGGUGAAGACUGACCAGGAGAUGGACAGGCUGAGGGUCAGCACCAGGGAGAUGUACGAGAGAGAAAACAGGAACCUACGUGAGGCCCGUGACGCUGCUGUAGCUGAGAAGGAGAGACUGGUUCUGGCUGAGAGAGAGGCCACAAGGAGGUCUGAGGAUCUAGUAGCUGAAUUCAGACAACUACAGAAUGGAGCUGACACCAAGACCUCAGAGCUACAGAAUGAGCUGAAACUGAAGUCGUUUGAGACAGAGAGGACGCAGAUGGUGCACGAAGAAACUGUCAGGAACCUCAAACAGUGUCAGAUCGACAACGAAAAGCUGCAGAACAAGUUAGAGGUCAUGACCAGAGAGUACUACGAGCUACAGAGGUCCACAGAGAAACAGUUCCUUGAAAUGGAGACACAGAAUAAGGAUCUGAAGUCACGGGUGGAGACUUACGAGAAACUGGAGCAGGAGUUGGACGACGUUGUCAUGCAGGCUGCUGAAGUUGAAAACGAGGACGAGGCAGAGAGAGUGCUGUUUUCUUACGGUUAUGGAGCAAAUGUUCCCAGUACAGCAAAGAGAAGAUUGAAACAGAGUGUCCACCUGGCCAGAAGAGUGCUCCAGCUGGAGAGACAGAAUACCUCCCUCAGGAAGGACAUGGACAGGCAGAAGACAGAGGCACAACAUGUGGCAGAGGAGCUUUCUGCAGCUAACAGGGUCCUGGACCAAUCCCAGCAGCCCUACUCCUACCUCAUCGAGAGUCUACGACUCAGAGACUCCCAGAUUAACGCACAGAAGAACCACAUCCAACAGCUUCAGGAGGACCUCAGUCGGUUUGAGAAGGAGAGAGCAGACCUGAUCAAGACCAAGAACCAGAUGACCUCUGACCUGGAGAGAUUACUCAAUCAGAGAGAGGAAAUGGCAGUUAUGAAACAAGUGGUGCAGAGCCUUCAUUCCCGUCGCUAUGGUGAUGACAGGCCACACCCUCAGGAGGCAUCCACCACGUCCACCGCCGUCCGCUCAACUGGACCACGUGUGAGGGCCCCGCUACAGGACUCCAACACUUACACACCUGCACCUACCUUAUUUACUAACAGAGACCCACCAGAGUGGUACAAAAGAGUGAAGCAGCGGAGUGGAACAGAAAGAACCAAAUAUUCACAAGUCUACGCAACGUCAUAGCAUUAUACUGUUCAAGACUGAAAAAAUGAAGGUUGUUUUUAGUACAUUUGGCAGAACGUGUUUGUCUUUAUUCUUGGUCAGUGCAAAGAGAUGUGAAAUUUUUACCGGAAAUGCAGGCAGCUUUUUAGUUGUUUUUUAUAUGCCUAUUUUAGGCUACAGUCCCUCGCAAUAAAACUAUGUACAUAUACUGUAUACCUGAUUUGAUCAGUGUGCAUUCCAUCCAUUGGCCUUGAGGACAUUUUGGGCUGUACAGUCCUAGUUUAGAGGAUAGAGUUACCAUGAUGGAAAAGUGUGGUUUACCCCUGGUCCAACAAAUUUUAAAACUAGAAAAUUUAACUAUUUUGAAUGUGUUCCUGUUUUAAGUAAUUUUUAAAGAAAUUAUUCCCUGAAUGAUAUGGCUCAAUAAACUGUCCUACCUUGAACCCACUAUUUACUAUGCAUGUGUAGAUUUCAACAAAGUAAUGCUUUACGGGUACAACACCUUGUAUUCCUUUGAUUCCAUCCCUUGUGACUUUUAUGUACAUGACAAAUUAGAAUCCAGCCCUUCUUUUCAUCAUAGAAUUUGCUUUCAUCAGGACUUCCAAAGGAUUCCAUGGAAAACAGCAACCUCAGAGUUUCACAAGUUGUAAUCUUUUCAUGUGGUAUACUAAGGAUAUGUAUCAAUGAUUUGUAAAAAAAUAUGUUGUAGUUACACAAUUGACUACUAGUAUCGAGUGUACAGUACAGGUAAAGUACAUAUCAGGCUUAUUUUUGUAUGGAUGUUAUUUUGCUUUUAAGAAGAAAUUAAAGCUAGAAGUUGAUCC